CGUUCCCAGCAGCGACAGAGGCUCCCCGUCGACCCGCGCCGUCCGAAAGUUUUGCAGAAGCCGACCCAAGGACCAGAAGCUUUUCUACUCCGCUGCAGCCCCGCCGGCUUCCUUGGGAAGACGGAUCCGUUGUUCCGUUUCACCAUGAUCAACAACAGCGUGAUGAAUUUCAUAAAGGCGGCCAGCAAGUGGAGAUGA